AAACAAGAAAGGGAUUUCAGAUUGGGUUGAUGGUCUCCUUUCCUUUUAUACUUCUUUUGGUUCUUAAUUCCCACAAGAGCAAAAAUACCCUUCUUUUUAUGCCAUAGGGUUCUUCAUAGUCUUUGAGCUAAAAAGGGCAAGGAAAUUAGGGCAAAUCAAUCGGUUCUCUCUCCCUCUUCCUCUCUCUAUCCUCCCUCCUCAUUUUCUUCUCUGUAAAUUUAGGGUUUCUGGGAUUUCUUUUCUUCGCUUACAAUUUUGUUAACCCCCGUUUCUAUUUUUGGAAACCUUUAUCUUGCUUUUGUCGCCUCUGCUUGGUCGGAUCAACUUGACCGAUCUGUCAGGUUUGACUUGAGAUUUUCCGGCUCAAACAAUGGUUAGGGGGAAGACUCAGAUGAAGCGGAUAGAGAAUGCUGCGAGCCGGCAAGUAACCUUCUCGAAGCGAAGGAAUGGACUGCUGAAGAAGGCCUUUGAGCUCUCGGUUCUCUGCGAUGCUGAAGUUGCACUCAUCAUUUUCUCCACCAGAGGGAAGCUCUAUGAGUUUUCGAGUUGUUCUAGAUGCUUCAGUUUGAACAACACAAUAGACCGUUUUCAAAAGAGAGUGAAGGAUCAAGGCCUCAGCGGUAAAGCAGUUCAAGAUCACGAUCAUAUGGAGCUUGCUAAUGAAGACACCAGUAGCAUGGCAAAGAGGAUUGAGUUUAUUGAAUCUUCUAUAAGGAAGCUCUUAGGUGAUGGUUUAGAAUCAUGUUCGAUAGACGAGCUACAACAGAUAGAAAACCAAUUGGAGCGAAGCUUAGCCAAAAUUAGAGAUAGAAAGAACCUGAUGCUGAGGGAGCAGAUAGAGCUGAUGAAGGAAGAGGAGAAAAGCCUACUCAAGCAAAAUGUUGAGCUAAGGGAAAAGUGUGGCAUGCAACCAAUUGGUCCCCCAAACAAUAGAGGAGGAGGAGAAGAAGAAGAUGAAGAGGAUGAUGUAGAAACCGAGAGCGAGACUGAAACUAUGGAAGUGGAGACGGAAUUGUUCAUCGGGCCACCCAAAAGACAAAGAAGUUCCAAGAAAAUUCCCUAGGGUAUGAACUCAUAUAUAUUUAUGAUCGUGAUCAAUAAACAUUGGUGACGAUCCCUUUAUAUAUCAAAAACAAAACAAUGCGACUUCAGAAACCAGCUCCAUUAACAGGUUUCCAACCUUCCUGAUCAAAUUACGAUAUUUUGGGAGUGCACCAAUAUAUAAUAAUUGUAAAUCCAGAAAAUUGCUUCUAUAUUUAUUCAUGGAAUCAUCUAGUUUGUUAAAGGAGUAACGCAGAAUACAAAGGUGUGUGAUUUAUUUGUAUUUCUUGAUCACCUGCUUCAGCUUAAUUAAUUGUAAUUUGGAACAGCUGCUGCUAGCUUAUGUAUAUGUAUGAAUAAUGUGGGAUUGAAUUCUGAAAAGUUAAAUGUCAUAAAAAAAAAUUCUGUGA